UCCAAUCAUCCCUCCAGAUGAACAGCGUUGUUGUAGAACUGAUGGAGUAAAAUGGAGAUGCAAGAAUUUUAGGUUUAGUGGUAGGGAUACUACUUAUGUGAAAAACAUUACAAUAUGACUAAAAAGUAUGGGAAGAAUUAUCAGCUUAAGAAGACAAGUGGAGAUGACGAAGGUGAUUCUAUACAAACUAGGGAUUCAAAUUGCUCGAGGCAAAUGGAAGAUGACCUAACAGGAAUUCAACCACCUGCUAAUGAUACCAGCUCUGAUAGAAUUGUUGAAGGUGGUUCUGCCAAUACGGGACGAAGAGGGAAAAAAUCGAAAGAACGGAAUCGUCUAAAGAACAAAAAUCAUUGACUGGAAUUAGGGAACCUGUGGUUGAACUGGAGAGCUUGGAGCAUUAUAAGAGUAAGUGUUUUGAGUUGUCUGUGGAGCUUGAGAAGAAGAAAGUGGAGUGCACUGAACUCCAGGAUAAAUUAGCAGAGACAGAAACUAGAAAGACUGCUGUUAAAGAUGAUACUGAGAUGACACAUGAGGAUGCAACUGAAUAUUGGAGGAAGAUGUAUUCCGAUUUGGAGAGUCGAGUCCUGAGAAUGGAGAAUCAAUUAGAGUCCCAUGUUUCGAAUUUGGAGAGCCUAGUCCUGAGAAAUGGGAAGGAGAGUCCAAUAUUGAGAUGUGUAGAAUUGCGUAAUGCUGAAAACAUGGAGGCCGAAGCACGGGGUUUGCAGAAUGAAGUUACUCAAAGUGGUGGAAAGCAGAAAGAUAAAAACAGCAGGAGCAUACCUAAUGUUGAAAACAACAAUGGAGGGGGGAAGGAUUCUCAUGUGUAUGAGUUGAAAACUGAAGAAAAGGUCCUUAUGUUUGACGUUGGCAUCAAUAAACAUCAUGAAUCAGAGUCUGAAUUUCCCAGAUACUCUGCUGUGAACAUGUCUUGUGGAAGUCCACAUUUAUCAAGUAGGGGUGAAAAUAUUGAAGAAGGGAAGGGUGGGGGUUAUGUGGAGGAGAGACCAUCUCAACAUGGAUCAUUAUCUCAAGAUCAUUUAGAAAUGAGUCAGAAGCCUUUUGUGAACGUGGUCUCAUGUAGCGGUGGUGAAAGUUUUGGUGAAUCUUUUGCAGAAGAUUCUGAUAGCGACCUUAUGGACAUGAUGGCGAUGAAAUAUAGGAAUAAGAACAAAGAUAGAGAAAUAAAAUGGAAAUUUGAGGCUGAUAUGCUUUCUUCAUUUGAGGAGGAUCCUGAGCUCUGUAUGAAGGCUGUUUGUGCUCUCUAUAGACAGAAAAUAUCUGAAGACGAAAUAUCAGCCAAUGGGUUGUUCCAUUACAGCGACACACUCAGGGGUACUACUUUGGGCAAGUUUCUAAUGGAUGGAUCCUGCAAAGGUGGCUUAAAGAAGUCCGUGGAAGAGUUGGCGAUAUUCGACUCUAGAGCUAUUGAAGACUGCAAGAGGCUGGCUAGAAGCUACUCGAAGCAGUUAUUCAGUAUCUACCAAAACAGAAAAGAUCCUUUUUUCUUUCCUGCUACAACUGCUAGCCAUGGAGAUCAGACUGCUAAGCGAUAGAUUAUUCUGUAAGCGGCCUUCACUCUUUUCACUAGGCAAUGCAAUCAUGCAUCUGAUUCUCCUUUUAACCUCCUCAAAUGCUGUACAUAUAAAUUUGAAAACUGGUUAGUUUAUAUACCAAAUGGUACAUUGGAUGUGCAUUGAUUAUAUCCAAUAUAAUAAGUAAUAUUAUGGUAGCUGUGACUUCUGGUUGUUUUUGAUAGGAGGAAAAACAACCCUUGUUUAGCUCAAGUAACUGAUACUGAAAUGCGUAAAAUCUAAUUAUUAAAAUUAAAGCUAGA